AUGUCCCAGCGCAUCCAGACCCAAGGCAAAUUCCUCGUGCUCAAAUACGACGGUCACAGCGUUCUCAUCUCCAAACCGGAGUCAUACGAGAAACUCGUUGAGCUCGCCAAAGACGUUUUUCUCAGCACAGAUUAUUACAGAAAUAAGACCACUUUCCAUUUCUCUACGACAGAAGUUGACUGCUGCUCUGGUGAAUACGUGGUGGUCCGACCCUGCGCGUGGGAUGCUAUUUCCCCUUUACUUCGCGUGCUACACGUCACCAACGAGAUGCCAAAGGCGAAGAAUUGA